CUCUUACGUGCUGACGCAACUCCGCGUCCAGUUCAAAACAGGAAGUGGUCCUAUCUGCUGAAGACGAGCUAGCACACAUGCUGCUACGUUAUCUUAACGCUGAACAGGAAUGGGUGUAAAAGGCUUGCAGUAUUUUAUGGAGAAAUGUUGUCCAGAAACCUGUGUGAUGGUGGACUUCAGGGAGAUGGCAAGGCAGCAUGUCAACAGUCACCAACAGGGCAGGAGCACCCCUCUUCCUACACUGGUGGUGGAUGGCAUGGCCUGUCUGAGGCACUGGUACAGUUGUCAAGCUUGGGUGUAUGGUGGUCAGUGGAAAGAGUAUAUGCAUUGCCUGAAGGAGUUUGUGGGUGCAUUCAUGACUGCAGGUAUCCGACUUGUGUUUUUCUUCGACGGGGUAGUGGAAGAAGAAAAACGGGCGGAGUGGGUGAAUCGGCGACUGAAGGUCAACGAGGAGGUUGCCAGGGUGUUCCACUAUUUAAAGUAUCAUGGUCAACAGCCUGGCCGGGAGCUGUUCUGCCUCCCCUCAGGGCUGGCCACCUUCUCUCGCUUUGCCCUCAAGUCUCUGGGCCAGGAGACCUGGUGCUCUGUUCGCGAGGCCGACUAUGAGAUCGCCAGCUUUGCCCUCCGUCACAACUGUAUGGGCAUCCUGGGGCAGGACACAGACUUCAUCAUCUAUGACUCAGUCCCCUAUCUGUCUGUGGCUCAGCUAAGGCUAGACACCAUGACCACCGUGCUGUUUUCCACAGACAAAUUGUGCCACGCCCUCCAACUGCAGAAGAGUGAGCUCCCUCUGCUCGCGUGUCUCCUUGGUAAUGACGUGGUGCCAGAGCAGCGGAUGCAGCGGCUGCGUAGCGAUGCCUUGGCAGCUUACAGGAGGAAAUAUCCACAGUCUCCACAUCAAGGGGAGAAGAUUUAUGCUGUAGCAGAUUUCAUCAGUAGCAACAAGCUGUCCAGAGAGGGAGCCCAUGGUGUUAGCUGUCUGCCUCUAACAGAUAGAGAGGUUCUGGAGAAAGGAGUACAGUACUAUCUACUUCCUGGUCAACAGCCACUAUGGGACAUUAGUGAUACCUCUCCUCGUAGCCCUGUGUGUCUGAUGAAGAGCUACUUGAGUCCUGACAUCCUCCAGGCAGCCAAAGAAAAGCACAUGCGAGCAGAGUGUUUUAUGGUAUACAAUGUACUGUAUGAUGGUGUGGUGGAAUGCAGUAAUACACUUGAAGACAGGGAGGAUGCUGAGCUCACUCCACAGGCAAUUGUGUAUCAAUCUUGCAGAGAACGAAUCUACGGCAUUCUGUUACCCACAAAUCCAGACAGUAGUGGACAGGCCCCAACUGUGAGGGAAUGGUUUGUUUUUCCUGGAAACUCACUAAAGGACCCCAAAGUAGUCUCUCCCUUGCCCCUGAACCACUCUGAUUUGAAGCGUUUAUGGUUUGGGAAGGACUCCGAAACAAAAUGCCUCCGCAUCUCCACCUUCUUGGCUAUAUUUGAGUUGGAUGAAUUCUCAGUGGAGCAUGAUCGUCUGGAUGGCUCUUUGAUGGCUGUGCUGUGCCUUGUGACCUACAUUGCCAUGCAGGUGGGCCACCUCUCCUUGGAAGACAUAGAUGCAUAUCUCAGCCAAGCUAUCUGUGUCAGGUACAAAUCCUACACAGAACUGCUUCACACAAGGGUCUCUCAUGUGGAGCCCCGGGCGGUUCAGCUGGGCUCUCUGUUUGUCCGAGGGCUGACCCACCUGGUGUUCGCCAACAGUGCUUGUGGAUGCCCCUUCCCCAUGGAACAGCUGAUGCCCUGGAACACCUUUGACGGCCUGCUCUUCCACUCAAAGUACCUGCUGGCUCACUCAGGGAGGCCACAGGAGGAGCUGCUGGAGGGCAAUGCAUCCUGGGUGUCCCUGUUCCGUUUUCUGAGAGAGCUGGUCCUGGGAAUAUGCAGCAGGCGUGGCCAGACCAUCCAGUCCAGACCACGGAUAACACAUACCGGGAAGCAUGUGGAUCACAGCGAGCAGUGGAGGGAAAGAGGAGCCCCAUCGGGACAGCAUGGUCCCUCUCCUCAAUGCUACAGACCCCAGACCAGAUCCCCAUCAGGACAGCAUGGUCCCUCUCCUCAACACUACAGACCCCAGACCAGAUCCCCAUCAGGACAGCAUGGUCCCUCUCCUCAACACUACAGACCCCAGACCAGAUCCCCAUCAGGACAGCAUUUUCCCUCUCCUCAACACUACAGACCCCAGACCAGAUCCCCAUCAGGACAGCAUGGUCCCCCUACUCAACACUACAGACCCCAGAGCAGAGGUCCUAGAGCACAGGCACAUGAACACAACAGACCAAGAUCAACACAUCCAAACAGGAGGAAAUACCACCUGGCACCUAGGUGGCAGAACCCCCAUCCUGAUUUCCCCUGACUGUCAGUGUUGAGUGGACAUGCCUUGCUGGGACCAUCUUACAGAAUUGCCCUGUUAAGAGCAGCACAGCCCAACACACUCAGUGGAUGUGUCUGAUAUUAGACUGACUUGUGUUGAACUUUGUGAACACAGUUUGUGUUACCAUAACCUCACUAUCAGUUGGAUUGGCUUGGAGAAAUGUAGGUCAUGUAACUGUAUGAGAUAUUGGUUGCAAUAGGAGAGGAUAUGCGUCACAAGGAGAGGAAAAAGGGCUUAGUAGGUGAAAGAGGACCUGAGGGAGCAGUUACAUUUCACUUGGUUUAGCAUCUGAAAUCCCAAAGUAAGCAUUGACAUACCAAAAUAAGAAGGGAUAGGUGAGAGUGGGGUAAGUUGAGCCGCCCUUGUUUCUAGGAAACCAGACACAAAAUGUGUCAUUUUGACCAAAUGUUUAGGAAGAGGUCAUCAUUUAAUGUCUGUGAGGGAAGAAACCACAUGGAAAAAGUGGUAAGCAAGUUGGGUCCUCCAAAAAUAUUUUCACCAAGUCAAAUUUAUUUCAUGUGUUAGGUUUAGGUACAAGCAUCAUGAAAAUUCUAACUAGAUACUUUUAAGAUUGUUCCAUACGUCAGUUGAGGUCUGUAUAAGCUUCAAUAUGAGGUCCUAAACCUAGCAUAAAAGUGCAUCCUUGUAGCUGUGUGGGCUAAUAUAGUCAAAAUGUUUGCCUUGGGGUAAAUUGAGCCAAUGGUUGAGGCAAUGGCCAGUUGAGCAAAUUUAAGUAUUUUCUUCCCUGGCGUAAUGCAAGGCAUUAUCGCUGGGGAUAUGAGAUGACAACAAGGCCUAUGUUAAAAGUGUUUUAACAAGUACAAAGUGUUUGUUAGGUGCUAAACCUGUGUUUUAAAAUAUGCUUUAAAUGAUUUUAAAGUGAUUGUGAUUGGGUUGAAUUGUGUUUGGGAAAUAAAAAUAGACAUGGUUUUAUAAGGGUAGUGGUAAUAUUUCAUUUGGUACAGAAAUGUGUAGGCGGCUUAACUUUACCCUGGCCUGUGGCUCCACUUACCCCAUGCCCGGGGUAAGUUGUGCCAAGAGAGCACUUUUUUGUUGUAUUUAUGUACUUUUUACAUGAAUACUGAUUAUUAUCAUGGAUACACAAUAUCCUGAAAUAUAUGUAGAUCAUUGUUUGAAAGAACACUGUAUUUCCCUUGAUAGAGAUGCUAAAUAUAUUUUUUUAAAUGGCUCAAUUGACCCCACUUUCUUACCCCUACAUUUUCUCCCUUUGCUAGGAUGUUAGUCUGGGGCCAGUGGGAUCUGAGGUAGUGUUCAAGUUACUCUGAAUCUGAGCAAACUCCAAAGCAUCACUUCAGAGAUGUGGUGAGAGAUGACUUGACUUUGUUGAUGUAUUUAUAUCAAGUAUCACUUAGGGUAUUUUAUCAUUUCAAUGUAAUUUACUGUGAUUAUUCACACAGAUGUGAUUGUCAUCAUUUUCAAAAUGUCACAUUUCAAAAGAAGUCAUAGACCCUGAGCAAGAGCAACAUCCAAUGCUAUCAAAACCAACUGCCAUGCUCCACUGCCAUUAUCAGUGUUUAGAAUGCUGCCACAUUCCCGACAGAAGGCAGCGAGCAGCGCUAGGCUUACACUGAGAAUCUCUGGGGCUACCCAUGGGGAGAGAGUGUUUGGGUCUAUCUGAGCUGGGUGAUGACAUGCAUGGUGUACCAUGCAGGGCCUCCCUAUUCCUGACAAGGAGAACACCUGCUACAAGUGGUAAUUCACAUUCCCUGGUCAAAGUGGUCAAAGCACAGCUCUUUCCUCUUAUCUGUAGAAAAUGAAGCACAUGCUGAAAUUAAAAACAA